GUACAUUUCACUUACGUUUGAAAAUGGCUUCGACCCUAGAAAACUUGUCAUUGCAAUCUAAAGAAGACAACAUCGAAGACGAUGUGGUAGACCCGUGGAAUGUUAGUUCAAAAAACAAAACAGGAAUCGACUAUAACAAACUCAUCAGACUGGAUUGGGCCGGCGUGCAACUGAGAAAUCUCGGUGGGCCUGAAUGAUUUAUGAGUGACUGGUCGUCAAUUUUUUUAUAUUAAUUACAAAAAUUAGUAGAACAUAUAAUUAAAUCAAAUUAUUAAACCAUACAGCAGCUGUAGUUGUUAUCAAACGUUAGAAAUCCUACAACUCGGCAGGAACCUUGCCUAUCUGACGUUAUACUAUGUAUAUGUAUGCUUAUAAAUACAUUAUUUUUAGGAAGAUUUGGUAGUAGUAAAAUUGAUGACGAAUUAUUAAUGCGGAUUGAGGCUGCUACUAAAAAACCAGUUCACCAUUUCUUAAAGAGAGAAAUAUUUUUUUCACAUCGAGAUUUACACAGUAUUUUAAACUUAUACGAACAAGGAAAACCUUUUUAUUUAUAUACAGGAAGAGGACCUUCUUCAAGUUCUCUACAUAUUGGACAUUUGGUUCCAUUUAUAUUUACAAAAUGGUUACAAGAUGUUUUUAAUGUUCCUCUUAUUAUACAGUUAACUGAUGAUGAAAAAUUCUUGUGGAAAGAUUUAAAAUUAGAUGAAGCAAAGGCAUUGUCUGUUGAAAAUGCUAAAGAUAUAAUAGCAUGCGGAUUUGACAAAAAGAACACUUUUAUAUUUUCAAAUUUACAGUUCAUGGGUGAAUGUCCAUCUUUUUAUGGUAAUGUACUAAGAAUUCAAAAAAGUGUUACAUUCAAUCAAGUAAAAGGUAUAUUUGGAUUUGGAGAUAGUGAUGUAAUUGGGAAAAUUGCAUUCCCUGCUGUUCAAGCUGCUCCUUGCUUGUCUUCGACAUUUCCAUUUAUAUUUGGAAAUGAAAAAGUUCCUUGUUUGGUUCCAUGUGCUAUUGAUCAAGAUCCAUAUUUUCGAAUGACAAGAGAUGUUGCGCCUAAGCUUGGAUACUUAAAACCUGCUUUAAUACAUUCAUCGUUUUUACCAUCUUUACAAGGUGCUGACACUAAAAUGUCGGCAAGUGAUUUGAAUUCAUCUAUCUAUUUGAAAGACACUCCUAAAGAAAUAAAAAAUAAAAUAAACAAAUAUGCAUUUUCUGGAGGUCGAGAAACAGUUGAAAUGCACCGCGAAAAAGGUGGUGAUUGUAAUGUAGAUAUAUCAUAUCAGUAUUUGAAAUAUUUUUUAGAAAGCGAUGAAGAAUUAAUUAAAAUUGAAAAAGCUUAUACUUCUGGAAAUAUGUUGACUGGAGAAUUAAAAAAAAUAUUGAUUGAAUCUAUUUCAAAAAUUGUGAAGGAACACCAAACAAAAAGAAGUAAAAUUACAGAUGACGAUGUCAAAGAAUUCAUGACUCCAAGAAAGUUAACAUAAACAACUAUGAAAAAAAUAGAAUUAAAUAAUAAUUAAAUCCGUGUGUUAAUAAUUAUUAUAAAUGAUUAAAUUUCAUUAAAUGAUUUAAGUCAA